CAUUUGCAUCAUUCCCCUGCAAGGCAGAAACAGUGCACUACAGCAUCAUCAGACGUUUUUGUCAUGGCUUCUGAACCACGCCGAGGAGACAGCAGCUCCUCAACAGGCACUGUGGCUUUUACAGCCAAGCUAAAUGUCGAUGACAGCUACCCAGACCACUGUGGACCCCUGAAGUUUGCCACCGUGCUGGUCAAUGAGGGAGGAGGCUACAGUCGUGACACUGGUGUCUUCACCUGCCCCUUGGAUGGCUUCUAUCACUUCACUGUACAUGUGUCUGUGUAUGGGCGUGGACAGUGUGGUAUAAUCAAAAAUGGAGAGAAAGUAGUGUCUCUGUAUCACACCACUCUGCCUGAAAAGUUAAGCCAAGUGGCCAGUACGAGCUGUGUGAUCAGACUGUCUAAAUAUGACACUGUGUUUGUGAAAAUCUGGGGGCCAGGCAGAAGUGAUAUCUUUGCAACUGAAGAUAAUGACACUGUGUUUACUGGAGUUCGUUUGGGCUGAUGACUUUAGGAUCAAAACGUCAAUAAAGCCAGUACCAUUGUGUAUUCAUUAUUGAUUAAAAUGUGUUACACAAA